GUAUCCUACCGUCAACCCGGAUCCACUUCCAAACUCAUACAUAAUCGGCCAAUCAGCACAAUUCAAAUAACACGGCCAUAUAUCCACUCUUGGAGGGAGGCUCCUAGAUGAUCUGAAAAGCCUCAUGGUGAUUCAGCAGAAUUGGAGCACAGGACUCAUAGCAAGAUCUGGUGACUACUACUGGAAGAGGCCUCGAGCAAGGACUACACCCAAACACAAGACAACUCUCAAGCCUAGGAUUGAAUACUAGAGGCAAAGACUACGGACGCGUGAUCCCAUUGACUGUUUGGACUACAAAACGAACUGUCGGAUAUCUAUACAUUCAAAGACAGGAUGCACUUAUUUCGACCACUCAAAAUCUCGAUAUCGACCGCCAGACCAUAUGCUUUGCGAUGCGUACGGCCAGGCUUAGUUUGUCAGAGUCUCCAGAUCACCCGUGGCAUCUUGACGCAAGCACAAGAUCGCGGGGCUAGUGAGCCACCAUUGAUCGAACAAACCAUUCCCGAAUACUUCAGAGAUGUGGUCAGCGAGCAUGGCGAUCGGAAUGCCGUGAUAUCCCGUCAUCAAAACGCUAGAUUGACCUAUCACGAUCUGGAUAUACAGAGCGAUGCUCUUGCAAGAGGACUCGAAAAACAAGGAGUGCAGAAAGGUGAUCGGGUUGCUGUGAUGCUGGGCAAUGGAGUGGAAUAUUGUGUUGCUACAUAUGCGCUAUUCAAACUUGGUGCCAUGCUUGUGCCAUUAAAUCCGGCUUUCAACGCACUACAGAUCACGUCUGCCUUGACACACCUCGCAGCCUCACAUUUGAUCAUCUCAUCCGAGAUCAACCUACCAUACAAGGCACCACGAUCAAUCAUGCCGUUACUGGCCCAUCUAAUGCCGGAUCUGAACAAAUCAAAAUUAGAGUCAGAAGCAGUACCCAGUCUCAAACGAGUCAUUGUGGUUGAGAACUCGGCUGGAAGAGUGGAGACUGCAGCUUUUGGCUCGUUGAGCAGUUACACAGAUGUGCUUAGAGAUGGCGAGGGUGGAAAAUUGGCCCCGAAAGAGUUGGAUGCUGAUGAAGUUGUUAACAUUCAGUUCACGUCUGGGACGACGAGUAUGCCCAAAGCGGCAUGUUUGACGCAUCGUUCUGUGCUCAAUAAUGGCAAGAGUAUUGGUGACAGGAUGCUCUUGACACAUAAAGACAUUGUCUGCUGCCCGCCGCCUUUGUUCCAUUGUUUCGGAGCCGUUCUCGGCUACAUGGCCACCAGCACGCACGGCAGUGCGAUAGUCCUCCCUUCGGAGUCAUUCAACGCCGAAGCCACUCUUCGAGCAGUACAGGAGAACGCAUGUACGGCACUCUACGGCGUACCCACCAUGUUCAUCAGUGAGCUCGAACUACUGGCUUCUGGCGCAGUACCAUACGAAGGCUUCUCCCAGCUACGUACAGGUAUCGCGGCAGGAAGCAGUAUACCCGCCGCUCUGAUGCGAAAGCUUCAUGACGUGCUUGGACUGACACAAUUGACAAUCUGCUAUGGCAUGACAGAGACGAGCCCAGUCAGUGCCAUGACGACAACCGACGACCCUAUGUGGGCACGCCUUGAGACAGUAGGAAAACUGCUCCCGCACGUGGAAGCCAAAGUUGUAGAUCUAGAUGGCAAAGUCGUAGCACCUGGUGUACGAGGCGAGCUUGCCGUGGCAGGUUAUCUGGUCAUGAAGGGCUACUGGGGUGACGAAGCACGUACUCAAGAGGCGAUUCGACCCGACGAAGAAGGAAAACUAUGGAUGUACACAGGUGAUGAAGCAAGCAUGGAUCAAGACGGCUACGUGCGCAUCACUGGCCGCAUUAAGGACUUGAUCAUUCGCGGUGGCGAGAACAUCCAUCCUCUCGAGAUCGAAAACGCAAUCCUCGCGCUGCCUUCUGUGACGGACGUCAGCGUGGUCGGCCUGCCAGAUCCAAAGUACGGCGAAGUGGUCGCAGCAUUCAUCAUGCCGAAGAACAUGAAUGCAGGAGAUGAAGAAAAGUUGAAGACGGCCAAGGAGAUCAAGACUUGGGUCAAGGAGACGCUGAGUCCACAUCUGGUGCCGAAGUACAUAUUCUGGGCUGACGGCUGGCCCAAGACGGCCAGCGGCAAGAUCCAGAAGUUCAAGUUGAGAGAGACGGGCAUGAGGUUGACUGAAGAAGGACAAGGUCUAUACCCGUAAAGUCAUCGCCUCUUGCCUCUUGCGUCGACGAGAGUUGGUAAACAGAACGGAAGUAACGCAGCGUAAGCAACGAGCCCCUUAUUACAUCGACGAGGAAACAUAUGAUUUCGACACUACUUUGUACGACACACACACCUCUUCCUUAUGCUGCUCCAGUUCCGUGUGCCUUUUGAAUUCUCUCGUCGCGUCAACGAGAGUCGUAAAAACGAGGCUUCCCGUCUCGUACCCGGUUAGCGAUGCUACUGUUCCUCGGCGAUAAACCAUCAAGACGAUAUAACACAACACCAUUGCUGUAGUUGUUUUCCGUCGGCCCGUCCCUUCGAAUAGGUGAACAUCGUUUAGAAAAGAAAGAAAGGAUGAGCGAGGGUCGAGAGGUUUAAAUACUGCGCUGUAACAGAAGCAAGGGGUGGAAAGGUGAGGUAAACCAUGUGCAAAAGGAAUGAAUG